UCUGCUGAAUUUGCGCUGCUUGUUUUGCAGUGAAAGCAGAAUUACUAGUGUACUGUGAAGAGUCGAGAUCAAGCGAGCUGACAGUUUGCUGUCUGUCUGCGUUGAACAACUGCUGUCAAACUCAACCAAACACAACAUGCUUGCUCGGGCUUUUGCGAACGGACUCUGUAAGCGACUUUCAAGGGAAAGCACGCGGGCUGUCGGACUCGGAGAAACGGGACGGCAGGACAGACAAGCUUCCACGGAGGUGACACUCAGGAAAACCCCGCUGUAUGACUUCCACAGGGCUCAUGGUGGGAAGAUGGUGGAGUUUGCAGGUUGGAGUAUGCCUGUGCAAUACAAAGACAGUCACAUUACCUCACACAUGCACACGCGCCAGCACUGCUCCAUCUUCGAUGUCAGUCACAUGCUACAGACUAAAGUCUAUGGUAAAGACAGAGUGAAGUUUAUUGAGUCUCUUAUUGUUGGAGACAUUGCGGAGCUAAAAGACAACCAGGGCACUCUGUCCCUCUUCACAAACUCUAAAGGGGGAAUCAUGGAUGAUCUGAUUGUAACUAAGACAGAUCAAGACUACCUGUAUGUCGUCUCCAAUGCUGGCUGUGCGGACAAAGACUCAGCUCACAUGCAGGCCAGACUGCAGGAGUUUAAAUCAGCAGGUCAUGAUGUUGAUUUAGAGUUCAUGGAAGAAAGUCUAAUCGCUCUGCAGGGACCAUCAAUGGCUCAGGUUCUCCAGAAGGGUGUGAGUGAUGACCUUAAGAAGCUGACCUUUAUGACCAGUGUUUUGACCCCAGUGUUUGGAAUCCAGGAUUGCAGGGUCACACGCUGUGGAUAUACAGGAGAGGAUGGAGUUGAGAUUUCUGUACCAAGUAAGGAUGUUGUCUCGCUGACUGAAAAGCUGUUAGCUGAUUGUGAGGUGAAACUUGCUGGUCUUGGUGCCAGAGACAGUCUUAGGCUGGAGGCGGGACUUUGUCUCUAUGGCAACGACAUUGAUGAGACCACCACACCAGUGGAAGCAACUCUUGUCUGGACUAUAGGUAAGCGUCGUCGACAGGCACGAGAUUUCCCUGGCGCUGACAUCAUUGUACCACAAAUAAAAGCAAAGACUCCAAGAAAAAGAGUGGGACUGAUCUCCACUGGACCCCCUGUCAGACAACACACACCCAUCCUGUCCUCUGAUGGCAGAGUUAUAGGUGAGGUCACCAGCGGAUGCCCGUCCCCUUGCCUCAAGCAGAACGUUGCCAUGGGCUAUGUGGAAACCGCCUUCAGUAAAGCGGGCACAUCGAUCCAGGUAGAAGUGAGGAAGAAAGCAGUGCCGGCAGUGGUCAGCAAGAUGCCAUUCGUUCCCACCAAGUAUUACAUGGGAUAGUAGAGCAACUGCUUACAAAGCUGUCUGUAUUUAUGAGAGGGUCGGCUAUAGACAAGGUCAUUGCCACUGAAAUGAAGACCAAUAGUAGAGAUUAUGAGACGCACGUCAACAAUGAGCAUUCCAUAAUGCCAACUUGCACAAUAUUUCUAUGUGUAAUUGUAUGUAAAAUACAUUCCAGCACAUUAUUGUGUAAUAAUUACACAGAAAUGAUGGCCACUUCACUAGGUGUUUGAAUCAAGUUUAGAAUAUGGGGAAGCAACAUUGCUGUUUAUUGUGCGUGUGUGCCUGCGUGCGUGGGUGCGUGCGUGCGUGCGUGCGUGCGUGCGUGCGUGCGUGCGUGCGUGCGUGCGUGCGUGCGUGCGUGCGUGCGUGCGUGCGUGUGUGUGUGUGUGUGUCUAACAUAAAGCACUUAAAAUGUUCGUUUGGGUGUGGGAAGCUGAUAUCUGUUUUAAAGACUCCUGAUUAACAUUCCUUUAAAAAAAGUCUAGUUAGUGUAUGUAAUGUAGUGUAAUGUUUGUGUAAUAGGCAAUAUUAAGAUAAUUAACAACACUAAUGGGAUUGAGAGAAACUAUGUUAGGAAAGUGCCUAAUUUCUCAAGAGUAGUUAAUCCUCAGGCUGUAGUGAUUAUCAAUUUUAGACCACAACACUGUGAAGCCUUUCUGUCUGAAAGAACAUUCCUAUUUUUGUGUCAUUUUUGGGAAGUGAUUAAAUCAUUACAUUUUAUACAA